AUGGCUUCACCAAACCUUGGCCGGCGGCUGCUACAACUGAUCUGCAAUCAUCUGCUCGUGUCUCACACUGGUCCGCAAGAUUAUUUGCUGGAAAUCGUGUACGAUCUCCGACGCAUCGAAAUGGAAUCUGCGCAUCGGGGGACCUUUCCGGUUCCGCUGCGCGCUGGCCAUAUAAAGGACCAGCCAAGCCUACAGCGACUGGGGCACGGCGCUCUUUUCGGCACAAACUCACGAUUCUUCAUGUACCAGGUCAGUUACCUAAAUGGAACUAAGUGUUAUCGCUCUAGCAAUGUUAUGCUUUUAAGAGUGUCGUGCCCCAUUAGCAAGCGACAAAUGUUUGAAUGCUUUGAACAUGUCAGCCUGUGUUUCGUUGAUGCUAUGCUAUUCUCUCUCUACGACGGCUGUCUGACGCUUUCCCAGAUCUUACUGCUCCUAUCGGGGGACGUAGAGCUAAAUCCAGGGCCCAUGAAUGCAGUGGAACGUGACCAAAUGACAAACAUUGAAAGGAUUCUCUUAGAAACGAAAACAGGCCAGGAAACUGUGCUCGCGAAGUUAACGGAAAUUACAACAAGACAAAGUGAAUUAGAAUCUAAAAUUACGGGCUUAAUAGAGAAGACAAGCAAUGUAGAAAGUCGUAUUGCUCGGGUGGAAAAAAUUGAAGAGAAAUUGAUGGCUAAACUGGACGACUUGGAGAAUAGAAGCCGUAGACAGAAUUUGGUAUUUUUCGGGUUGCCUGACAGGGAGCAUUACGAGACGUGGGAGGCGUCUGAAAAACUAAUUAGUGGAAUAUGCAAAGAUGUGAUGAAACUUGAUAAUAUUUCGGUUGAACGGGCUCAUCGCGUAGGAGUUUUCAGAGAAGGCAAAAACCGGCCCAUAAUAGCAUGCUUUUCACGGUGGAAGGCUAGAGAAGUCGUCUUUAAAAAUGCUUACAGACUAAAAGGCACUUCGUACGGCAUCUCUGAAGAUUUCAGCCGAGCCGUACAAGAAAAAAGACGUCAGCUUUGGAAUUAUGCGAAAGAAAAAAGAGAAAACAAAGAAAAUCGUGUUCGCUUGAGUUAUGAUAAAUUGAUCAUCAAUGGGCAAACGUUUGUCUGGGAUAGCGAUAUGCGAACGCCAGUUCCACUACAGACGCAUGCACGACUGAAUAGGGCACGUAGCUCGCAUCCUGAACGGCUCUCUGUCCUGCUUGUAAAUUGUCGCAGCAUAAAGAACAAAGUCGAUAGCUUCAUCUCUUUAGUAGCCACUCUUAAACCUCAGAUCGUGAUGGGCACCGAAUCAUGGUUAGACAAGACGAUACCUAAUGUAGAAAUCUUUCCACCUGGUUUUACUGUCUAUCGGAAAGAUAGGCAUGGGCAUGGCGGGGGAGUAUUUAUUUUGAUAUCAAAUGCAUUGUCAAGUACACAAAUUUUAUUUGAAAACGAUGAGUCUGUCUGGUGCCUUGUGAAAUUACCUAAAGGAAACAAUGUUGUGUACGGGACUUUCUACCGCCCACCCGGCAGCAGCGACUCAUUCGGACUGCUGUCUGAGAUGCUAUCUCUUGUGCCUAAUAGCGUAUUUUUGGGGGGUGAUUUCAAUUUGCCUGACUUCAACUGGAAUGCCGGAUGUGUGGCUGGUAAUAGGUCCCGUAUUUACACAGAGUUCGAAGAACUGGUCGGAUUAAAUGGAUUACAGCAGUACGUACUGGAACCUACGCGAGAAAAUGCAAUUUUAGACUUAGUACUUUGCAAUGAGCCGAACUUAGUAUGAAAAGUUACUGUUUGUCCAGGUAUUAGUGACCACAGGGCAGUUGUCAUAGAACUUAACAUACAGCGAGUACGGAUGCCGCAAAUUCCGCAAAGAAAAGUGUACAGCUACGACAGAGGAGACUAUGCCGCUAUUAGGACCGAACUUGAAAAUUUCUUCCCUACUUUCCAGUAUCUUUCAAACGCACACUGUCCGUUAACUUUGUGGUUGUCAUUCCGGGACAAAAUACUUCAAUUAGUCGAAAUUCAUGUUCCAUGCAGGUACCUGCGGCAACGAAAAAAACAAAAGCCUUGGUUUAACGUAGAAAUACGUAAACUUAUAAGGAAAGCAAGACAAACGUAUAAAACGUUUUCUGCCGACACCAGUCUAGCAAAUCAGAAACGCUUGCAAGAGAUAAAUAAUCUAUUGAAAGCAACAAUUAAGUCUGCGAAAGAUACCUUCUUUGUUAAAUUAAAUAAGGACUUGAGAGAAAACCCAAAAUCGUUUUGGAAAUAUGUAAAACAAAACCGAAAAGAAGACAUAUCCAUACCAUCUUUAACUAUUGAUGGCAAAACUGUGACGUCAGACUAUCAGAGGGCGGAAUCCUUUAACUAGUACUUCCAAUCUGUGUUUUCGCUAGUGUCUACUGGAGAGACUUCGCUUUUGAACAACGCCAAUCAGGGCAAUAUGAUGCCAGACAUUGAAUUUGAUGUUAGUGGCGUCGAUUCUUUAUUACGGCAUUUAGAUGAAACAAAAGCAACUGGACCUGAUGGAAUAUCCCCAGUGGUCCUUAAAGAGUGUCACAGCAUCAUUGCUCCGUAUUUAACGAUCAUCUAUAAGCUUUCCCUCAAAACAGGCCUCAUUCCCCAAGAUUGGAAAACGGCAAGCGUGACACCAGUUUUUAAAUCGGGCGAUAGAAAAAUCAGAAAACUAUAGGCCGAUUUCACUAACGUCGAUAUGUUGCAAAAUAUUCGAACACAUUUUAUAUAGUAACAUAUCUGCAUUUCUUGACUCAAACGCUUUCUUUACGUCUUCCCAGCACGGAUUCCGAAAAGGUUAUUCCUGCAACACACAACUAAUAGAAUUUCAGCACUACUUAUCCAAAGCCAUUGAUAACGAUAGUCAGGUAGACGCGGUUUUUAUUGAUUUUCAAAAAGCUUUUGAUACUGUGUCCCAUAAACUCUUAGAUGUAAAGCUUGCUGCAAUAAAUGUAAACAAAAACGUUCAAAAUUGGAUACGAAACUACCUAAACGGAAGAACCCAGUUUGUCGUCCUAAACAACGCCGCAUCUUCACCAAUAACCGUUUCUUCGGGCGUUCCUCAGGGAAGCGUACUGGGCCCCUUGUUGUUUUUAAUCUACAUAAAUGACAUUGUCGAACUAAUUACAUCACCUAUAAAACUAUUUGCCGAUGACUGUGUGAUUUACAGAGAAAUUACUACUGAAUAUGACAUAGACACUUUGCAAACAGAUUUAGACAAGGUAGCGAACUGGUGUAAAAAAUGGAACAUGAACUUAAAUAUAAAAAAGUGCAGUAGCAUAAGUUUUUCCAGAAAAUUAUCCAAAUUUCAGCACCAAUAUAACAUCAAUGGCACGCUUAUCGAAAUACAGUCGGAAUACAAGUAUCUAGGGGUCUAUUUCACCGAAUCACUCACUUGGCAUAAACAGAUUGACACUGUCAUAGCAAAAGCUAGUAGAAUGUUACAUUUUAUUCGCAGAAAUUUCAAACAGGCAACGCGCGAAGUUAAAGAAACUUUAUACUUCUUACAUGUCAGAACAAUACUUGAUUAUGCUUGUGUAAUAUGGGAUCCCUAUCAAGAUUACCUCAUUAAUAGACUGGAAAAACUACAGAACCAAGCAGUAAGGUUUGUUUGCAAUAAUUACAGCCCGUACUCUAGCGUUUCCGAAAUGAAGGCCACUUUAGGAUGGGAUCUACUACACAUGCGUAGGCAGAAGUUAAGGCUUAAACUAUUACACCGAAUAUAUAACAGUGAGAC